CGCAGUAACGUUCUUUCUGUCAAACAUGGCUGUGCUUUGGAAGAGGGAAAAAUGCUGAAUUGUGUUGGUAUAACUCGGGAAAAACAGCAGACAUGGCUAGAUUGGCUGACUAUUUUGUUGUCGUUGGAUACGAUCAAGAGAAAGUUGGUUCAGGAGAAGGAUGUGGAAAAAUCAUACAGCGGUUUCCUAAGAAAGACUGGGAGGGAACAGCCUUUCCUCAGGGGGUGGAGAUGUUCUGCCAGCCUGGAGGUUGGAGGCUGUCCAGGGAAAGAAAGGCACCGACUUUCUUCACUGUUGUGCUGACAGAUAUCGAUUCAGACCGACACUUCUGCUCCUGCCUCACUUUCUUUGAGGCUGAGGUCAACCUACAGGGAUCAAAGAAUAUUGAGGCUGAUGGAGAUGAAGAUGAGGAGGCAGAAGAGGAUGGCCUGAUCCAGCCAGCUCAAGUGUUUGCACCAAAGAGCCUAAUUCUUGUGUCCAGGCUGGAUUAUCCUGAAAUAUUUCGGGGAUGCUUGGGUCUGAUCUACACGGUGUACAUCGAUAGCCUGACUUUCCCUUUAGAGGGUCUGGUAGCCAACCUCUUUACAUUCCAGGUUCCUGUUGCGGGUGGAUCUCAGAAGCUGUUUAGCCUGGGAGCGGGAGAUCGGCAGCUCAUUCAAACACCUCUAAAUGACAAUCUGCCCAUCACAUACAAGAGUGUUGCCUUACUCUUCCAGCAGCUGGGAAUCCAAAAUGUUCUGAGCCUGUUUUGUGCGGUUCUGACAGAACACAAAGUUCUGUUCCACUCCACCAGCUACCAGAGACUGGGAGAGGCAUGUCGCGCUCUGGAGGCCCUCAUGUUUCCUCUUAAAUACAGUUACCCAUAUAUUCCUAUUCUACCUUCACGGCUGCUGGAGGUGUUGAGCUCACCCACUCCCUUCGUCAUCGGAGUGCACUCCAUGUUUCAAAGUGAAAUUCAGGACCUGUUGGAUGUUAUUAUUGCUGACCUGGAUGGAGGAACAAUAAAGAUUCCUGAGUGCAUCCACUUGUCCUUUCUUCCUGAACCUCUGUUACACCACACGCAGACUGCUUUGUCUCUGGUUUUGCACCCUGAUUUGGAGAUUGCAGACAAUGCAUUCCCUCCACCUCGCACAGCAGCCUCCAACCUCAAACUGUUGGACAAGGAGGUGAGGGCCGUCUUUCUCAGGCUGUUUGCACAACUCUUCCAGGGCUACAGGUCUUGCCUGCAGCUCAUCCGCAUCCAUUCUGAACCUGUAAUUCACUUUCACAAGACUGCCUUCCUGGGCCAACGAGGCCUCAUUGAAAACGAUUUCCUGACCAAGGUAUUGGAUGGCAUGGCCUUUGCAGGUUUUGUCUCAGAGAGAGGUCCACCUUACCGAGCCUGCGAUCUCUUUGAUGAGCUGGUGGCCUUAGACUUUGACAGCUUUAAGGAAGAGGAGGUCAACCCUGCCAAGCUACAGAAGCACAUCAGGGAGCUCUCUGAGCAGCUGUACAGAAAUGAGAACCCAAACCCCCACAUGGCAUUCCAAAAAGUGCCUCGGCCGUCCGAAGGAUCCCACCUACGGGUGCAUCAGGUACCCUUCCCCCUGCUAGAUGAUGACAAGGUGGAGAACAUGCUGCAAGAGGGUAUAGCAAAACACAGCAGCACACCACCUUCUACACGACCUGAGAAGAAGUGCGUUGUACCUGCUGGACCACCUGUCGUGUCCAUUAUGGGAAAGAGUGGCUCUGUGUUUAACAGUGCUCGCAGGCUGGAGGUUGUGAGAAGCUGCAUUUCCUUCAUCUUUGACAACAAGACCCUCGAGACUGAAAAGACUUUGCCUGCUGCACUACGUGCCCUGAAAGGUAGGGCAGCGCGCCAGUGUCUGACUGAGGAACUGAGUCUUCAUGUCCAGCAGAACCGCGCCAUCCUGGACCACCAACAGUUUGACUACACCAUUCGAAUGAUGAACUGUGCCCUUCAGGACUGCUCCAGCUCUGAGGAGUACACAGUAGCCUCUGCACUGCUGCCCCUGUCAACAGCCUUUUACAGGAGGUUGGCUGCUGGAGUGAACCAGUUUGCCUACACCUGCAUACAGGACCAUUCCAUUUGGACCAACCAGCAGUUCUGGGAAGCCACUUUCUACAGUGAAGUCCAGAGUCAGAUUCGAGCCCUCUAUCUUAACACCCCAGAGGAAAAGGGAGGCGUUGCUGCCAGACUAAAGGAUGUGGGUGCUGUGGCGGGCAGAGAAGAGGAGCUUACGGCCAUGGACCUGGCAGCAGAGCAGCUGCGCUCAUGGCCCAGCCUGAGCAAGGAGAAGCAGCUGGAGCUGGUGAAGAAUGAGGAAAGCACUGUGUUCAGCCAGGCCAUCCACUACGCCAGCCUCAUGGUUUAUCUGCUGGUUCCCUUGGACACCAGCAAGAACAAGCUGCUGCGCAACACACCUGCUGCUGACUGGGAAAGUGGCAGUAACAGCAUUGUCACUAACAGCAUCGCUGGCAGCGUGGCAGAGAGCUUUGAUACAGAAAGUGGGUUUGAGGACUCAGAGAACAGUGACGUGGCCAACUCAGUGGUCAGGUUCGUUGCCCGCUUCAUCGACAAGGUGUGCACAGAAAGCGGAGUAACCCAGGAGCAUAUCAAGAGCCUGCACAGCAUGAUCCCAGGCAUUGUAGCUAUGCAGAUGGAGGCUUUAGAAGCAGUUCACAGGGAGAGCAGGAGGCUACCUCCUAUUCAGAAGCCAAAGAUUCUGCGUCCAGCACUGCUUCCUGGAGAAGAGUUUGUGUCAGAGGGACUGCGGGUGUUGCUAGACCCUGAUGGUAGGGAAGAGGCAACUGGGGGCCUCCUUGGGGGCCCUCACAUCCUCCCAGCAGAGGGGGCCCUCUUUCUCACCACAUACCGCAUCAUCUUCAAAGGCAUUCCCCAUGAUCCACUGGUUGGAGAGCAGGCGGUCAUCAGAGCAUUCCCCGUGUCAACGCUGACAAAAGAGAAAAAGAUCAGCAUCCAGAACCAGCUGCAGCAGAACAUGCAGGAAGGCCUUCAGCUCCGCUCGGCAUCAUUUCAGUUGAUAAAAGUGGCUUUUGAUGAGGAGGUUAGCUCAGAGAUGGUGGAGAUCUUCAGGAAGCACCUCCAAAGAAUCCGCUACCCACAGUCAAUCUUCAGCUCCUUUGCAUUUGCUGCAGGACAAACUGUUCCUCAGCUAAUCCUUCCAAAACAGAAAGAGAGAAAUACUGGCUUCAGAACACUGUCAAAAACUAUUGUCAAAGGAGCAAAGAAGGCUGGAAAGAUCACCAUGGGCCUCGGUGGCCAAAGCACACUGAAGAAGAAUGACAGAGGCAGCCGGAUGACCUGGCAUGAAGAUGAUGACAUUUCAAUAUCUGAUGAUGGUGAGCCACCACCUAGCAGCACUUUGCGAGCAUCUGAAAAGUCCACCAUGGAGCAGCUGGUCGAGCAGUCCUGCUUCCGUGACUACCAGCGUCUGGGCCUGGGCACCAUUACUGCCAGCUCGUCUCGAUCAAAGUCAGGCGAGCAGUUUAGGAUCACAGCCGUAAACAGGCUCUACUCUCUCUGUCGCAGCUACCCAGGACUGCUGGUUGUUCCUCAGGCUGUGCAGGACAGCAGUUUACACAAAGUAGCUCGCUGCCACAGACACAACCGUCUGCCUGUUGUGUGUUGGAAACAUCCCCGAACCAAAGCUGUGCUGCUGCGCUCUGGAGGCUUCCACGGAAAGAGUGUGGUGGGAUUGUUCAAGUCACAGAACCCCUCCUCAACAACUCCUGUCUCGUCCUCAGAUUCUUCCAGUAGUCUUGAACAGGAGAAGUACUUGCAGGCUAUUCUUGACUCCAUACCCAUCUACUUCAAAAUGAAUGGAAACAGCACCCUGACCAACCGCUCCCUCAUUGGCCUCUCACCAGGCAGUGAAAGGAGGACAUCCAGGAUACCAAAGAUGACUCCUGUCCACUUAGACAUCCCGUUUUCAAACAGUUUUACCAGAGGAGUGCUUGAGUACAAAGACAAACUAUUCACUCACUCACACCAAAAACCUGCCAGUAAGGAGAAAAUUCUAAAUCAAGGUAUGUGGGCCAGCCUGCGCUCAAGCAGCAGACUCAGUCAGCACCCAUCAGCGGAUAAUGUGGGUGCCAGACUAGCUGGGAAAGAUCUGGCGCCCCCUGCAGGGAGCAACAGCCUGCAGGCUCAACUCCUCAAACAUCAGGCCGCCCUUUACGUCUUCGGAGAAAAGUCGCAUCUAAGGGGCCUCAGAUUGGACUCCUCUCUGAACUGCGAACUGGUGCCGGUGGACUUCGCAGACACACGACAGGUGAAAGCUGCAUUUAAAAAACUGCUGAGGGCCUGUGCUCCCAGCGCCUCAUCGUCUGACUCAGAGGACUCCUUCCUCAAAGCCUUGGAGGACUCUGAGUGGAUCCUGCAGCUUCACAAGAUCCUGCAGCUGGCACUGUUUCUGGUGGAGCUUCUGGACAGCGGCUCAUCUGUUCUGCUCAGCCUGGAGGACGGCUGGGACAUUACCACGCAAGUGGUGUCUCUGGUGCAGCUACUGAGCGAUCCUUUCUACCGAACACUAGAAGGUUUUCAGGUGCUCCUGGAAAAAGAGUGGUUAUCCUUCGGCCACAAAUUCUGCCAACGGAGCAACCUGAGUCCCGGCAGCCAGGGCAGCGGUUUUACACCUAUUUUCCUGCAGUUCCUGGACUGUGUACAUCAGAUUUUGGAGCAAUAUCCUCUGGAGUUUGAGUUUAAUCAGUAUUAUCUGAAGUUCCUGGCCUAUCAUCACAUUUCUAACCGCUUCAAGAACUUCCUGCUGGAUUCAGACUAUGAGCGCUUGGAACACGGGUUGCUGUUUGAGGACAAAGGUGAUAAGCAGGCCCGGAGAGGCAUCUGUAUCUGGGAGUGUAUUAACAGGAUGCACAGGAGGACUCCCAUCUUCUUCAACUAUCUGUACAACCCCUCAGAGAGCGAAGCGGUCCUGAAGCCGUCUAUCAGCAUUCCUUGCCUGAGUAAAUGGGACUUCUUCACAGAUGAGACUCUGUCGACCGGACCAUGCUACGACUGGAAGAUGAUGGCUGUGAGGUCAGGUAGCUCGGAGGAGGCAGACACCAUCGCCAACAGUAAGAGGAUGAUUGUGUGGCCUUGUUACAGCAGCGUGAGCAACGCCCAGCCGGACGCCAUCACCAAACUCCUCGCUGACAUCGAGAAGCUGGAGGGUGAGCUGAACCAGGCCCCGGAGAAAUGGCAAGCAACUCUGGAAAGAGUCCGACUGAGCAUACAGGAAGACUUUAAGCAGGAAGGAAAUCUCCAUAAGCAGUCUGUGUCCAUCUCAGGCCUCAUUCCCACGUCCAGCAUACAGGCCUUCCAGCGACGCUCCAUGCUGCACCUGCCAGACAGCGGCCUGGGCGAGGACCACGGCACCACCACAGCCAACGGGAUCAACCGCCGCGCUGCAACACUUUACAACCAGUUUACCCCCAAGAGUGAGGAGAACAGGUCUUACGAAGGAAUCUUGUACAAACGUGGGGCGCUGCUGAAAGGCUGGAAACCUCGCUGGUUCGUGUUGGACAUUACCAAACACCAGCUGAGGUACUACGACACUGGAGAGGACACAAACUGCAGAGGCCACAUCGAUCUGGCCGAGGUGGAGUCUGUGAUGAUCGCUGCACCCACUAUUGGAGCCCCGAAACACAUCAGUGAGAAGGCUUUCUUUGAUCUGAAAACCAGCAAGCGAGUUUACAACUUUUGUGCAUCAGAUGCUCCCAGUGCUCAGGUGUGGAUGGACAAGAUCCAGAACUGCAUCUCUGAUGCUUGAACACUAAGGUUAAACUAUAUUUUACCCUCAUCAGAGGCAGCGUCAGUUGGCUGAAUAGCUCGAUGUAGCUUUCAGAUUUCUUCCAUUUUGGGACCACAGUGAAUAAAGUGCCUGUUUCUGCACCUGUCUAUAUGCUACUUAGCAGCUGCUGCUGGUGUCACCGUCACCCUGCAGGUGGAAGACGGCAUCAGCUGUCAGCUCGCUCCGACAGGGUUCAAGUAAAGAUAAGCUGAAGUUUUAGGGGACUGCACUACCAAGGAAAUAUCCUACUUAAGCUGUAAAUAGACCUAAGCAAUAUCACUGGCCAUUAGCAACUGUGGGUUCAAUUUAAGAUUUAAAAAGAAUAUCUAAAAAAAAAAUUGCUUGUAAAAGAUUUUCUAUAAGAUAUUUUACUAUGAGGAAAUGCUGCUCACUGAAACGUAUGAACCGCCAAAACUCAGAGAUUUUAAUGCACAACGUAAAAAGCAGAUUGUUUGCACUUUGCGCUAAAGUAUGCACUCCUCAUCAAAAGUAGAUUUUCUUACAGAUGCAGACAUCCAGGCUUAAAGCGUUAAUUUAAAAUAUACAUUUGAUGUUUCCUCAUGUCGGAUUAAAUAAAAAGAAUUUGCACAGUGAGUUCAAAACAUUUUUCUAUUUAAAUACGUGAUGUUUUUGCUAUUUUUAUUGAAUGUUUAUUUACUUCUGCUUAACUCAUGUCUCAUGUAAUGUAAAUUAUUAUUUUUUAUUAAAAUCGUAACAGUGCAAGUGUGGUGUCAAGUUUUUUUUUUCUGUAAAUACCUUUUGUGAAAUUUCAUUUUAUAUACUGUAUGUGCUGAACUUGAGCAUAAUUUUCUAACUUUAAGUCUAAUGUGACUGUAGUGUUUGUUCUUUUUAUGUGUCCUUACUGGUGCAAAACCCCCAAGUGGCCUGUUCCCUGUUUGUGGUAAAACAUUGUUCUGAAAGUGAAAAGAAGACUUUUUGUUGUUGUUGAGAUUGUCCAGGCCGCCUCUGUGUAUUUUAAGGGCUUUUACAGAAUAUAUCAUGUAGGACAUGUGGUUUCAGAUCCUGGUCUCAUCUGUUCCGUCUUUGUGCAGCCUUUACCGCUUCAUUGCAAAGAAAAAAAGCACAUCAAUCAAUUCAAAGAUGUCAACUUUUUUUUUUGUUACUGUAUCUUUGUACCAUGUUUUUGUGGUGACACAAAAUUUUUAAAAAUAAAUAUACUUGAAAGAG